AAACUGGAGAAACGCGUGAAGAAAGGCGUCGAGUCUCUGAUCACAGAGUUGGAGAUGAUGCACACCGUUCUACGCAAGAUUGGUGACAAGCCGCGGGAGCAGUUCGACGAGCAGGUCCUCAUCUGGGCGGGCAAAGUGAGGGAGCUCUCCUACCGCCUGGAGGAUGUAGUCGACAGUUUCGUCCUGCGCGUGGAGGACGACGGCCAUGACCGUGGCUCCACCAACAUGAAGAACAAAGUCAAGAAGUUCCUCAAAAGGGCCACCAAACUGUUUACCAAGGGUAAGGCUCUUCAUCAGAUCUCCGAUGACAUUGAAGAAGCUCAGCGGCUCUCCAAGGAGUUGGGCGACCUGCCUCAAAGGUAUAUGCUUGACGCGCAGGCAAACAAUAGUGGUGAUGCCAUUGAACCUCGCUUGAAGGCGGUGUACAAAGAUGUCACAGAGCUCGUUGGGAUAGAUCUCGUAAGAGAUGAGCUGAUCGAGAAGCUUUGUGAUUGUCAUGAGAAGUCCAAGGACCACUUAAGGACCAUGUCUAUUGUUCGAUUUGGCGGACUGGGCAAGACAACUCUGGCCAAAGCAGUGUAUGAUAAGAUCAAAGUGCAGUUUGACAGAGUAGCUUUCGUUUCCGUGUCUCGAAGUCCUGACAUGACCAAGAUUUUCAAGAAGAUCUUAUAUGAACUUGACAAGAGCAAGUACACAACUAUCAAUGAAGCUGCUAGGGACCAUGAACAACACCUCGAUGAAUUGAGGAAUUUUCUUCAGGAUAAGAGGUACCUCAUUGUAAUUGACGAUAUAUGGGAUGAAGAAGCAUGGGGAUUGACCAAGUGUGCUUUCUCCGACAACUGUUUUGGUAGUCGAGUAAUGACUACCACCCGCAUAGGCAGUAUCUCUGAAGUAUGUUGCUCUUCUAGUGAUGAUAUAAUAUAUCAGAUGAAACCUCUUACAGAUGAUGACUCCAAAAGACUCUUCUAUAAAAGAAUAUUUCCUCAAGGAAGUAAGUGUCCUGAUGAAUUGGAGCAAUUAUCUAGAGAAAUCUUAAAGAAAUAUGGUGGAAUACCACUAGCCAUCAUUACUAUUGCUAGCAUUUUAGCUAGUAAUGGUAAAGAUCAACAGAUAAAGCCAAAGAAUCAUUGGGACAGCAUACUUGGCUCUAUUGGUCAUGGACUUGCAGAAGGUGGUAGUGCGAAGGACAUGAAGAGAAUGUUGUCCUUUAGUUAUUAUGAUUUACCUUGUCAUCUGAAGACUUGUUUACUAUAUCUCAGUAUAUUUCCAGAGGAUUUUGAGAUAAGGAGAGUCCGGUUGAUAUGGAUGUGGAUAGCUGAAGGGUUUGUCCAAGGUGGAAAUCAAGAAACUGGACUAUUUGAGCUUGGAGAGAGCUACUUCAAUGAGCUCGCAAAUAGAAACUUGAUUCAACUGGUAGGUGUUGACGUUGAAGGCAAGGCGAGAGGUUGUCGCGUCCAUGAUAUGGUGCUUGAUCUCUUAUGUUCCCUGUCCAGUGACCAAAACUUUGUUACAAUAUUAGAUGGUACUCAGCAAAGCAAACCUAUUUCACACAGGCAGAGUCGCAGAUUAUCUUUUCAAAAUAGCAUGUCAAAACUCACCCCUCAUCGGGCCGAUACCACAAGUAUGUCACAAGUGAGGUCUGUUGUUCUCUUUAGAAUUGAUAUUGAUCUGAUCCAGACUAUUUCACGCUUUGAAGUUUUACGUGUAUUGGAUUUAGAAGGUUGUGAUCUUCGGGAAGUUCGCCACCAUAUUGAUCUUAGGUGUAUUGGAAAUUUAUUACACCUAAGAUAUCUGGGUCUAAGAGAAACUUUCCUUGGUGAGGUCCCUGUGGAAAUAGGAAAGCUACAGUUUUUGGAGACACUCAACUUAGCAGUAAGUGGACCAGAGCUGCAUAAAUCAAGUAUGGUGAUUCCGUCAAGUGUUGUCCGCCUAAGACAUUUGAUGUGCCUAAAUGUAUCAUGUGCGGUGUUACCUGUUGGGAUCAGGAACCUGACGUCCUUAGAAGAGCUGACUGGAGUAUUGGUGGAUGGUUCUUCUGAGACUGAGAAAGAGCUAGGGCAACUAACCGAUCUGAGAGUGCUCGUACUUAAAUGGAAUGGGACCGAUGAGAGUGUGUGUAAUUCUUUGGUGGUGUCCCUAGGCAAUAUGCAGAAAAUUCAAAGUCUACAUAUUAACGGCCACAACGGUGCAAGGCUUGAUGUCAGCUGGGAUGGCUGGGUGCUCACUCCACAGCUUCGCACCCUUGUGUUUAAUGAUUGCACCACGACAUUGCCUAUGUGGGUUAAUUCAUCAUCAUUUCCCCACCUCUCCUACAUGGAUAUUUCAGUGGACAGAGUGCGGCCAGAAGUCGACAUUCAGAUCCUCGGGAAGCUUCCCGCUCUUCGUUCUCUUAUCCUGUGGACCAGCAAACCUCAGCACACUCAUGUCGAAACAUUCGUCGUUGGCGCUAAUGCAUUCCCAUGUUUGAGAGAGUGCACAUUCUACCAUUUUCUCACGGGGCCAUCUAUGUUUCCACGAGGAGCUAUGCCAAGGCUUGAAAUCCUGGCGUUCUUAGCCCGAGCGUCGGAUAUUGCCGGAGGUGACCUGGAUGUCGGCAUGAGGCACCUCCCUUCCCUCUAGCAAGUCACGGUUUUCCUUUGGCAUUGGCUUGAGGAAGGCAGCUCUUCAUAUAAGUGCGGGUAUGAAGCAGAUGUUGCGCUGAGGCGUGCAACGGACACCCAUCCCUGUUAAACUGUAUAUUGUUAGUAUAUAGGAGUCAGUUUAUAUCUGUACUUAUCUCCUGUAACUACCUGUAUAUUGUGCCCUAGCUGCACCCUAUAAAUACAUCUCCCCGGCCACCACAUUGGUUGCGCCGAUCCAAUCUUCUUCAUCU